AUGUUAGAUAAGAAAGCCGACAAGAACCAUACACAUAAAUCCUUCACUACUGUUAGAGCAGACGACAUAAUAUUGAACUUUGACCUUGGUUCAAGUGCACCAUUAGAAAAUCCAAGUACAAGCGUAAAAGAUACUCUUAACAAUUUAGAUAAGAGUUGCAGGAAUAUCGAAGAUCAUGCCAGAAACUUUGAAGCAUAUGAACUACCAACAAUGUUAGAUAAGAAAGCAGACAAAACAGAGCUUCAAACAUUAAAGACAGAAAUACUUCAAACAUUAUAUCCUAUAG